CACGCCGCUCACCGCCACCAGCUUUGUUGCCGUCGAUCAUCCGUAAGGGUCCGCUUCACUUCACAGAUACCGCAUCAUGAAGGUCGCAAUCUGCCUGUUGGCCGUCCUCGCCCUGGCGCUGGCCGCUCCGCAGCGCGAUGGUGGUGCCCUCACCGACGAAGCCAUCCGGCAGGCCCAGUCCCAACAGCUGAUCCCGCUCGACGCCCAAAUCCAGGGAGUGCAGCAGGGUAUCCAGGUGGCCGCCCUCGAAUCGAUCCCCGGCACCCAGCGCGUCGACCUGUUCCAACUGCUUGGCGAUCAGGUUCCGCGUGAGGUCAUCUCGAACCUCCAGUCGCAGGUCGACCAAGUUGGCCACAACUAAGUCCCUCCCUGGCGCCGGUCAUAUCUAUACUUUCGUCUGCCUCUUUCCUGUGCACUAGAGUGUGAUACCCCUUUGUUCUUCUUCAAUUCUUUGACAAAUGGAAAAAGCCAACCUCUGUCUGUGCUGUCCGCAGAUUACUCUAGAGCUUCAGAGCGGACCCAUUUGGCCAAACCUCCGAAUCGUCUCUUCAACGAUGGUGCCAACGAAGUAUCGAUGUAAACCUUUACCCCGUAAGAUGGAUCUUUUUGUACGUUUGUGUUACGAAAAGAUGUGCGUGUGCGUGUUUUUUAAUUAUAUACAAAUGUUGACUUUUUAAAAUAGAGCGAUAGAGCGAUAGUGCCUAAAGAGUACUUGUGAAAAACGGCA